CUCCUCCUGACGCCGUUGGUGCCUCCGCGGCACCUUCUUCUCCCUCCUCCUCCUCCUUGUUCGCCUGUUCCCCGGUCCAAUUCGUCUCCCCACUGCUUCUCCUUGUCUGUUGUGCUUUCCUCCUGGAGCCGCCCCUUCGUACUUGGCGCUUGUCUGUUGUUCCUUGGCGCUUGCGUAGGUGGAAUACCAACGCCAUCUUUUUCGUCUUCCUCCUCCGCCGGAAAUACGGGGUCGGUGUCGACUGUGUGCUCUGCUUGCGGCGGGACGGGUCGUUGACAUCGUCAUCACCGCCUGCGCCACCACAACGGUGGGCAUGCGCAGUGGUCAUCGGAGUUGGACGGGCCGAUGACAAAGGCCAUGGCCACAUUUGAAUUGUACCGAAGGUCCUCCAUUGGCAUGUGCUUGACAGAAACCCUAGAUGAGAUGGUUUCCAGCGGUACGUUGAGCCCGGAGCUAGCUAUCCAAGUCCUUAUGCAGUUUGAUAAGUCUAUGACAGAUGCCUUGGAGACGCAAGUCAAGAGCAAGGUUUCGAUUAAGGGUCAUCUGCAUACCUAUAGGUUCUGUGAUAAUGUGUGGACAUUCAUCUUGCAAGAUGCAGUUUUCAAAAGCGAGGACUGCCACGACCAAGUCAAGAGAGUGAAGAUUGUGGCUUGCGACUCCAAGUUGCUCACACAGUGAAGAGCCCCUGUAUUGUGUUCUCGUGGGGACUAUGAGUACGAAUGUAAAGUUUGCUUGCAUCUUGGAUUAAGAUACACCAAUCCCUCUGCCAAACUCCUAAUCUCUGUGGCAGGUUUGUAACAUGUGUUUAACUUGGAUUACGUGCGAUUGCAUGCUACUGCAUUUUGUUUUAAGUGGAUUAUUAUUGGAGCAUCAGGGACAUUUUUGGAGUC